AUGCCCGCCCCAGGAUCCGAGGCAAUGCCAGAAACUCUGAACAGAGCUCAACGCCGCGCCGUGACAUCCGCUGCACCAACUGUUGCUAUUCUGGCAGGACCUGGAAGCGGCAAGACACAUACUCUGACCUCUCGGGUCGUAUGGCUGAUUCAACAGAUGGGCUACUCGCCCGCUGAUGUCAUUGUUGCCACAUUUACGGUCAAAGCUGCGAAAGAGAUGAAGGAACGAAUAGAGAAGCGACUUGGUAAAGCCUACGAACAGAAGAUUGUGUUGGGGACCUUUCACUCCAUUGCUCGGAGAUAUCUGGCAGCAUACGGGAACCGUAUCGGCCUGAACCCUAAAUUCGCCAUUGCAGAUGACGGGGAUUCCCGUGCCAUCAUCCAGAGAAUUAUCAAGCGGCUCGAUUUGAGGAUUGAGACAGCUCAUGCAAAAAGUUGGAUUAGUAAGAGGAAAUCAAGGGGCACGACACCUCUACCGGGAAAGCGUCAGCAAGAGAACCCGUCGCUCAAUAUUUGCUUCGCUGAGUACCAGCAACAUCUCGCUCGAGCAAACCUCCUGGAUUACGAUGAUUUGUUGGUUCGAUGUGUUGAAUUACUGCAACAUCACCCGGCAUGUGUGUCUAAUGUACAGGCAGUGUUGAUCGACGAAUAUCAAGACACAAAUGGUAUACAAUACGACCUGAUGAGGCUGUUCGCCCAAACCCGACAGAGGAUCACGAUUGUUGGAGAUCCGGACCAAAGCAUCUAUGGCUGGCGCUCGGCGGAAAUAAAGAAUCUUUACCGGCUUCUGCGCGAUUAUCCGCAGACAGACGAGAUCUCUUUGGAGGAGAACUAUCGUUCAUCACAGCACAUCUUGAAUACGUCGCUACAGGUUAUCCAACAAGACGAGAAGCGAUACAAGAAAGUUCUGCUACCAGUUCACGCCAAAGGUACCAAACCGGUGCUCAGGAAACUCAGAAGUUCGUCAGCAGAAGGGGAGUGGAUCGUGUCCGAGCUGAGGAGAAUCACUACAAUGUUUGGCGGCCUGCUGAAGAAUGAGGAUGUAGCUAUUUUGUUACGUUCUGCGUCACUCUCGAGGCACAUUGAAUCGGCAUUAGGUAAGUCGGGGAUAUCGUACCGCAUGGUUGGCGGACUCAAAUUCUACGAAAGGAAAGAGAUCAAGAUCCUCCUGGACUACCUCCGAGUGGUUUACCAGCCCAACAACAAUGACGCUGUUUCGAGGAUCAUCAACACGCCUCGGCGGGGCGUCGGAGAAGCAACAGUCAAGUCGCUUUUGGAAGAAGCCGAAAAGUCAAACCUCAGUCUCUGGGCCAUUCUUUGGCGGCACUGCCGUGGUGGCCGACAGCUGACGACAAAAAUCCGACCCAGCAUGGAGCAGAAGCUAAAUACGGAGCUACUGAGGGUGAUCUCUACCUUGCGUUCAAAAGCAGAACAUCUUGAUAACGCCGGCGAAUCGACAUUGGUUGGAUUGAUAGAGCAUUUGGUGACUUUGCUCAACUUCAAAUGCUAUCUCGAGACGGAAUACGAAGAGGACCACGAGCAACGGUGGGCCAAUGUUCAGGAGCUGCUCAAUUUGGCAGGAGACUUUAUGCGCGACUUUGGCGCGGGCAGUGAGGAGGCGCUGCCUACUAUUGAGGAUGUGGGACAAGUGGGCAACGACGACGUACUGGGAAGAUUCCUGGCAAACGUGGCUCUGGCAUCGGACGCACAAUCCAGUGACACGCAGCAAGACAAGUCGUCUGACGUAACGAUAUCCACGAUCCACGCUGCUAAAGGGCUCGAGUGGCCCGUGGUAUUCAUCCCGUCCGUGUACGAGGGUUCAAUACCACACUCCCGAGCUGAAGACAUGGACGAGGAGCGGAGGUUGCUUUAUGUGGCAAUGACACGGGCCAAGGCAUUGUUGUAUUUGAGUUGCCCUCUGUAUGGCUCUCAGGGGCUGAGCAACAAAGUCGAACUUUCGCCCUUCAUCACAUCUUUCGCCGGUGCCUUUGAUCAGAAAGGGCCGUCAUUUGAUUCACCUGUUGUAGAGACUGUUGGUAAGAUGCUCAACAGAAUGGUGCCUGACGAAAAGUCGACGUUUGAUCAGAUUCCCCCCAUGUUUUGUAUCGAGGACACGCAGUUCCCAAUAGACCCAUUUGAUCCAAAAGACGCCAACGGUCUUGAUCUGGGCAACGACCAUUGCCGCUCAAGAGUGCCGAAACGCCAAAAGACGCAAAAUACGCUGGAGGGUGGUGGCGAUGCCGCCCAUGAGGAGAAACCUUGGAAGCCGGACUAUUCUACAACUAUGGAGCAAUCGGCAGCUUUUACAAUGGCGGCUUCCAUGCCUGGAUUCGUCACCGCGGGAGCUCAUCAGUUGGCGCUCAACGCAGCUGGAGUCCCAUCAGCAUUCAAAUCAAACAGCGCCGACAAGACCAAUUUGAAGAGAGGGGGUCAAGGAGCGACUGCCAGCAGACGAGCCGAUCAGAAAAGCCUCCUCGGAUUCGUGACAACUGCAAGCAGCGCCAGAAAGAGCUAUCCAGCCGACAAGGCCACGUCGCGAUACCAGGCAGCUGCCUCAAGAGCCAGCGGACGAUUAGCACCCCAAGCCAUACGCGGCACCGACGAAAGUCCAUCAAUAGACGCCGAGUUCACGAAACAUAAAAUCGCGGGAGCAAAGCCGGUAUUCCGGAUGGGCGCAUCCAGGCUCACUGACGACAAGGCUGGCGGCGAGAAGAACGCCUGUUUCUCGAGCUCGCCUACAAGAGAAGCAUCGCCGGAAGCGGGUGUAGGUGAGCAGGCGCCAAAGCAAGUGCUUCAGAGACCAGCUGCGAGUUUCCACUCGACAACCUUCAUGUCGAUGAAGCCAGUCGGCGGUGUAAGGCGGCCAGUUGGGCUGGGCCCUCCGCCAUCCAUGGACCGUCUGCGAAAGCCGUUUAAACCUCCUACGAUCAAUCGACCGCAGGGACAGUCUGGAAAGCUCCGGCUCUGUGCGUUGUGA